AUGGCGACAACGCUUCCACGGCCGUCACGGCCAUCAAAUGGCCCACCAUCUAUGGCUCUGCCUGCUCUUCCUAUCCCCAAGACCAGGAAAAGCACUGGAGGCAUACCUUCUUCCAAAUCCACCCCGUCUACGCCCAACCCCAAGAGUGGCCUUCGGGCACCCUCCUCGUCCACAACGUUCCUCCCUCCCACGACCCCCGCUCCCUCAUCAGCACUCCCGCAACCGCGUGCGGUCUCUGCCAUGAGCAAUUCCUCUAUAAAGACAUUGCGCAAGACAGUGAGCAUUAAUUCAUUCCCUCAGCCGCCUAGAGGCGACAAUCGCGUCAACAGCCUACCACCAAGUCCACUGGGUACUGACUCUUCGCGGAAUUCAACACGCAAAUCAAAGGGCUCUACGACGCCGAGCUACUCUCAUCUGAGCAACGGUGCUCCGAGCCUGUUGAACAACAAUGCCGAGGGAAAGUCGAUAUCAAGUGCAAGUGUCCGAAUGUCUGAUGGCCUAAUAAGUAUUUCAUCACCACCUCAAAGCAGGAGCUCCUCGGCACAGGAUUCUUAUUCAACUUCUGCGACGACGUAUGACGACCCUCUUGAUGGAUCAGCGGCAAAGUCUUUAUCUGACGGCACCAUUGAUAAGAGGGGUUCCAAGCUGGACGGUAAGGGUAAUGUAUUGGUGAGUGUAAGAGUACGACCAGACGCAGGCGGCAACGAGAACAACAAGACCGAAGGCGAAUGGAUGGUCGAUGGGCGCAAAUCUCUUGUUGCUUACAGAGGAAAAGAGGGCGGUGACUAUUUCUAUGACAAUGUUUUCACGACGCAUGACGACAACAGCAGAGUCUAUGACUGCAUAGCGAAACGCUUGGUACGUCGAGUGAUGGAAGGCUAUCACGGAACGGUCUUUGCAUACGGCAUGACUGGCACCGGAAAAACCUUUUCGAUGCAAGGAACCGCCUCUUCACCGGGUGUUAUCCCGUUGGCUAUUACCGACAUAUUUUCUUACAUCCGAGAAACUCCAUCCCGCGAGUUUCUUCUCCGCGUCAGCUACUUGGAGAUUUACAACGAAAAAAUUCACGAUCUACUCAGCAUGUCCACCGGACCUGGUGCUGGGGCUAAUAACGGACAAGAGGAAAUCAAGUUGCGUGAAGACAGCAAACGUGGGGUCUAUGCCAGCCCCUUGAAAGAAGAAAUUGUGCAGAGCCCGACCCAACUUCUGAGGGUGAUUGCUCGUGGAGACCAGGCGCGCAGGACGGCAAGCACCCAGUUCAAUGCAAGGAGUUCUCGAAGUCAUGCGGUAGUUCAGAUUGUGGUGGAGAGUCGAGAGCGGAUACCAGGAAACCCCGGAGGGGGCGACAGCAAGAGGUCCGCAAUGUUGCCUGGCGGCGUGCGCGUGUCAACCCUCAGCUUGAUUGAUCUGGCUGGAUCCGAGAAGGCUGCCGAGUCCAAGGAGCGGCGGACGGAGGGCUCACAUAUCAACAAGAGUUUGUUGACCCUUGGCACCGUUAUCUCUAAGCUUUCCGAGCACAAAGACAAGGACGGGAAAGCGGCCGACAAGGAUGGAAAACAUUUGCCAUACCGAGACAGCAAACUGACAAGGUUGCUCCAGGGUGCACUCUCAGGAGGCUCCCUUGUGAGUAUUUUGUGCACCAUUCAGAUUGGCGCGGCUGGCAGUGCAGCAUCCUCGAACUCCCAUACCUCUGAGACCAUCAACACCUUGAAAUUCGCAUCAAGAGCAAAGAACAACAUUGUCAGCCAUGCCAAGAGAGCUGAAGAGGCUCUCGGUGCAGGCGGCGACGGCGGGGCGAGAGUUCUCCUGGAGCGAUACCGUAUGGAGAUCUUGGAGCUGAGGCAACAAUUGGACACACAAGCCAAGGACAAAAAUGCGAAACAUGCCGAGGCAGAAAGGGCCCGAGACGCCGAGGAGGAGAAGGCCCGAGAAUUAGAGGCAGAGCACCGGCAUGAAGAGCAAAUGCUCGAAAUGCAGCUGGCCCGUACUGCGCUCAAGGAACGGAUUGAUCACCUUAACCGUCUGAUAUUGAGUUCCAAAUCAAUCGGCGUUAACGCAAGCGGCUCAUACAGUGCAUUGGGCAUCCACACAAGGUCGUCCAUGGCCUCGGUCAGGUCGCUGGCUACGUCAAGCGGCGGCAGGCCAUUCCUCGAAAGAACAGCAUCAAUGACAUCGGCGACAUCGACAAUCGGUCGUAGAUCCAGCGGUCGAUCAAGCGGCGGCAAGCGGGUUUCUAGCGGCGAGGCAGGCGUUAUAACAGACGACGACAGCAUCGGCGAAUACGGAGAUGGCAGCGCAUCGUUGACAGCACAGAACCGCGCGUUGCAAGCCGACCUUGCGGACAAGACCAGAUAUAUCCAGACACUGGAGAAGCGACUUAUGCAGGCACGAAGGGCCAGUUCCUCGCGAACAUCUGUUGGCUUCUCCGCCCCUAACAAAGGCAUCAUGGUGGGAGAGGAUCAUAGCGUAUCGACUCUGCUGAGGGAGAAGGAUUCUGAAAUUGCAGAGUUGAGAGCUCGAUUGGACGAUAAAGAUCGGAUGUUGGCAGCAUUGCGGUCUGCGGCCCGCUCUCGAGAAGUGGCAGAAGGCCCCACGGACGGCCGGGCGUCUGCGUUAUACGAGCACAGCCCACCGCCAUCAAUGAACCCGCCUCCGGCACCUUCGAACCACCCGCUGACAGGCCCUCGCAAUCACACCAAGAGCGUCGAUGAGGUGAACAAGAUGCUGGAUGAGAUGAUUCAAGACCGCGUCGAAACUGGUCAUAUCGUGAGAGGCACUAGAGGAAGUGUUCGGGUUGCCAGUGAACGCAAGCUCGAGCCUCAUCCAGAGCAAUCGCUGAAGAUGGAGCCUCUCAGGAAGACCGCUUCAUUUGAUGAACCCAGCAGGACGUCGGCAGUGGAGGCGUGA